CCCAUUGUCUCCUUAGAUCUUCUGAGACAUUCAGAAAGAAACUGCAAAGACUGACAAUUUCUUCUGCUGCAAUCAAACAGUUCAACAAUGGCCAUCACUGACAUCCUUUCUGCUAAAGAUAUUGAAUCUGCUCUCUCCAGCUGCCAGGCUGCGGAUUCCUUCAAUUACAAGUCUUUCUUCUCCACGGUUGGUUUAUCCAGCAAAACCCCUGAUCAGAUAAAGAAGGUUUUUGGAAUCCUUGAUCAGGACAAGAGCGGUUUCAUCGAGGAAGAAGAGCUUCAGCUGUUUCUGAAGAAUUUCUCUUCAAGUGCCAGAGUCCUCACUUCUGCAGAGACCAAGGCUUUUCUGGCUGCAGGCGAUACUGAUGGCGAUGGCAAAAUUGGAGUAGAAGAAUUCCAAUCUCUGGUGAAGGCAUAAACAGCAUUAGACCAAAGGCAGCCUUGGACUGACUCUUCCAAUUACCUCGUCCAACAAGCACUUCGCACUCAGCAUGUGUUUGUACAUUUUUAUAUUGUUUCAGGCAUUAGCAAUUCCCCA